AACGAAUAUCUUUUCUUUCCCAUUAGCCUCUUCUUUAAGCAGUUAAGAAAUUUUUUAAGGAAUUCCUUUUUUAUUCCUAUUUAUUUGUUCUCUGAUAUACAGAGAUACAACUGGAUGAAUCCUCUUAGUUUUGCUGUUUAUCCUGGGAAACAAGGUGGUGGUGUUGAGGCUGAUAUAAUGGCUGCCAAUGAACUCAAUACUCAUGCAUUCCUCCAGAGCAGUCCAAGAGGUAUAUGUAAGAAUAUCCUAUUACUUCUUGGUGGAUUUGAGACAAAAACCGGGGAACAGUGGCUUGCUUUUCGUAAUGAUGGAAAGUAUAGUGCGGCAGAUUAUGCAAAAAUUACAAGCAACCAAAUAUCAAGAACUCGCUCUCUAGGAGAAAAGUCACUUGGUCCUUCUGAGCAGAACCAAACAAUUAAAAGCAGAAGGCAUUUUGUUGUUAAGAUACUCCAAGGUGCCAUGAGUGGAUUAGCCUACAUGCAUAAUCAUGAUAGAUUGCAUCAGAGUCUUGGACCAGCUUCUGUUGUUCUCAAUACCAUAAUAGAGAGUGAUGCUACUUACUUAGUACCAAGAGUUCGGGAUCUAGCCUUUUCUGUUGACAUCAGCUUUUCAAAUUUGGAAGAAGAUCCAGGAAGACUUUCAGAGGGACUUUGGAGGAGAGCAGUUGCUGCUGGUGCUGUCACACCUAUGGAGAAAAGAGCCUUUGGAAUUGCAGAUGAUAUAUAUGAAGCAGGUCUUCUUUUUGCAUACUUGGCUUUUGUUCCAUUUUGUGAAGCAGGAACCAUGGAUAGCCUUUCUUUGCAACGGCUUUUGGAAAGCACUUUCCAACUUGAUGUAAUGGCAACAAGAGAGUAAGAUAUGCCAUUUUACAUUAUUCACUCAUGGUACUUAUUGUUGUACUGUAUAUCGUUCCUUCAGUCAUAUAUUAAGAUAAUAAAAUCAAUAUAAGACCAUCACCUUAUUACUUCCCCUACAAAUUUUAAUGCACUUUGUGGUAGCUUACCCUUGAGUUGGAAUGCAUCUCAUUCUUCCAAUGUAUGAGACCAAAGUUCAGAACCAGACCACAAAAGUAGUUUUCUCAGAAUUAGAAUAUGAGGAUAGUGUAGGACAAGUUGUCUUCUAAAAAUAUUUUUCGGAGGACUUGUCUAAAAACGUACCUUCUAAUUAAUAUUUUCAAAAACCGAUUGUUGGAUUGAAAAUUCUAUUCAUGUAGAUUAUGCAUGUCAAUUUUCAUAUUGAUCUAACACUUAUAACCCUUUGAUUAAAGAAACUCUAUUUACUAAU